AUGGAGGGAAGGAAGCGCAUUCUUGAUCAACUUUUAGAAGACGAAAGCGAGGUGGACGAUGAGGAAGUUGAGAAGCUAUCCAGACAGGAUGCGACGCCAGCGUUUGGAUUCUGGCUAUUCCCCUUGGACGUACUACCUGCGAUAAAUUUUACAGCCAACUCAGGGGCGCGGAUCGGAGAAUUCUACACAGGACUACAGCGGCAGUUCGAAAAGCAUACUCCGCAACUAUGUUUGUCUCUCCUAACGGACAACAAUCCUGAGGUCCUCGAUACCCAUGAGCGUAUUGAACAAGAUUGA